GCGGGGAAAGAAGAUGGCGGCGCCCAGCAGCCGGUGAGGAGAGAGGACACGGGGCUCCCAGGGGGCGGCUGGAUUUUUGCGUGAUGGCCGCAUCCCCGCAUACUCUCUCCUCACGCCUCCUGACAGGCUGGGGAGGAGGAUGCAUCUGGUAUCUAGAAAGAAGAGCCGCGCGGGAGUCCCCUCGGAGGUUCCUGCAUCUUCUCAGGAACGUCAAUCAGCAGUGGGUCACAUUUCAACACUUUAACUUCCUCCGGCGCAUGUAUGUCACACAACUAAACAGAAGCCUCAAGCAGCAAAUAAAACCGAAGCCAGAACCAGCAGAAUCUCCUUUCCUUGAAAAAACUUCCUUGGAUGAGGCCAAAGCCGAAAUAUGCGAGAUGAGACCUCUUGUACCCCCCAGCCUGCCUCUAUCCAGAAAGCCAAGUGAAAAAGCGUUGAUAGGACUAGAACCCGCCUCAGUAACUGAGGGCUCUGUAGCUCUGGGGAGAGAGACGAAAGAGGAGAAGCAGUGGAAAGAGAUGAAACUGCAUGCGGAUGAUCUGCCAGGAAUCCUGGCCCGGCUGUCCAAAAUCAAACUCACAGCCCUGGUCGUCAGCACCACCUCGGCCGGCUUCGCCCUGGCUCCAGCGCCUUUCGACUGGUCCUGCUUCCUGCUUACGUUUGUUGGAACAGGCCUGGCUUCCUGCGCUGCCAACUCCAUCAAUCAGUUUUUUGAGGUUCCGUUUGAUUCAAACAUGAACAGGACGAAGAACAGACCUCUGGUUCGUGGACAGAUCAGCCCGCUGCUCGCCGUAUCCUUCGCCACAUGCUGUGCGGUUCCCGGAGUCGCCCUGCUGACCUGGGGCGUGAACCCGCUCACGGGCGCCCUGGGCCUCUUCAACAUUUUCCUAUACACCUGCUGCUACACCCCGCUCAAGAGGGUCAGCAUCGCCAACACGUGGGUGGGGGCGGUCGUGGGGGCCAUCCCCCCCGUCAUGGGCUGGACCGCGGCCACGGGCAGCCUGGAUGCUGAACAGAACCUCACCUCCUCAGGCGUCCAUCUCCUCGCCUCCCACAUGAGGCUGUCACGGCCCGUCUCUCCCGGAGCUGUUGUGAAGACUCAGGGCCUGUCUUCUGGGAGGAAUUCUCUACUCCUGGCAGUUCCCUCACUUCAACGCGCUGAGCUGGGGUCUCCGCGAGGACUACUCCCGGGGCGGCUACUGCAUGAUGUCCGUCACCCACCCAGCCCUGUGCCGGCGCGUCGCCCUGCGCCACUGCCUGGCAUUGCUCGCCAUGUGCGCUGCCGCGCCCGCCCUGGACGUCACCACCUGGACCUUCCCAGUCAUCGCCCUGCCCAUCAACCUGUACAUCUCCUACCUCGGCUUCCGGUUCUACCGGGACGCGGACCGGAAGAGCUCCCGGAAGCUGUUCUUCUGCAGCCUCUGGCACCUGCCGCUGCUCCUACUGCUGAUGCUCACCUGCAAGCGGCGGGUCGGGGAGGAGGGCGCGGACGCGCCGCGGAGCUGACGGCCGCCCACUCUGGGAAAAGCAGAAGACGUCCAGGGAGACGCGCAGGGUUUUCGGGUUUUUUUUUUUUUUUUCCACUCUGCUGUUAGGCGAGAAAUAUUUUGGUUAUUCCAAAGCACCAGGAGCAAAAUAGCUGCGUUUGAAACGAGGCUGUAAAAUAAUUUGGUGCUUAGUGACCACUGGACAACUUUUUUCAUGGUGAUAUCCAGAAUGUUCCCCAAAUGAGAAUCGGGGUGGCUCUGUAGAUUGACACAAGGAGAGGAUGGGUUUUUUGUUUAUUUGCUUGUUUUCCUUUGAGGGUUGUUACAGAGGCCUUCCUCCGACCACCACUUGGUUCGUCUUCUCCCUCAGGUCGAAGUGCAGGUUCACCUUGCUUCUCGGAGCUCCCCACCUGCCGGCUGGGGAGGCCAGACAAGGUACUCACUCGCACGCUGAUAUCUGUGGUUCCGUGGCCUCUGGUCCCUCACAGGCUGCGUCAGAGUAAAUGCAGCUGCCGGCCGCAGCCCCCCUUCUGUGAAUGAGCCGGGCCCAGCUCCCUCUGCCCCACACAUUCUCAGCCUCAUGCCCCCUCAAAUGCUAAUAGAACGCCAAGUACUGGCUGCUGCCCACCUUCUCAGGGAGGAUUCAAACGGUUGCCUGGGAAUCUCAGACUGGCCCUUGUCCCCAUCCUGUUAGGUAGCAGCAUUUCAGAAACUGCAGGGAACCGAGGGCAUCUUUGACAUCCACUGUACCACACAGGUGGUGUCAGAGCCGUUCUUUCUAGAAGGGGCAUACUAGACUUAAAGCCAGAAGCCCCUCCAGCUCUGACCCACCUCUCCUUCUUCAACCACUGCUGCAGGCAUCAUCUGGGCCCAGGGCCCAGUAAGAAGGGAAGUCAAGGGGCUGAGCUGGGCCAGCCAGCCCUCACAGCUUUCCUUGUUCCUUCGGUGAAAAACACAUUUCCACCCUGCUAUCUUCAGGACUCAGAAAUUAGCCUCCACACAGCCAGCGGCUUGCAGAGCCAGAAGCAAGAGCCAGACCUCUGGUGGGGAUGCUUCUACCCUCCCCCUCCCAGGGGGUGCAUAGGUCCCUGCAGGCAGGGGUGGCCUCUGACACCAGUGGUUCCCCCAGCCCCCCAGAUCUGCCUCAUUAUCCAGUUACCUGACGUCCCAUUUGCCCUAAGGCCUUGAAGCUUAACAGGAUGUUUUAGUUACUCUGUCUCUGGGGCACUGCUGCCCUGGGAGGAAUUUAUUUGGGAGUUUAAGCCACAUUCAAACAACCCUGGCAACAUGUCCCUUCUCUGAAAACUGCCCAAAGCGAUUGGAGGUAGCAUCUGAUUUUUGACUGCACUUACUCGGCUGUGUUCAGGUCGCGCUUCGGGAACUGACAAAGUCACGUCUGGCUGGCGGUCCCCAACCCGCAGAUCUGUAAGGCGCGUGGGUUCUCUCUGCUGCAAUAAACCUGCACCGCGA